AUGGCGGACCCUCUCAGCAUCGCCGGCGGCGUGGUAGGCAUAGUCGCCUUCACGCAGCAGCUUGUGGAGGCUACCAUCAAGAUCAAGGCUUUCUUCAAAGACGUCAAGAAUGCCCCAAAGGAGAUCGAAAACUAUGUCAACCAUCUUGGACACGCCUCCAAAGUCCUUGAGCGACUAGCACGAGAUCGCGAUGACGACGAGCUGGACGAGGCCAUCUACAACGAGAGCUUGGAGCUCUUCCAUCAAGCACUUGAUCCGAUCACUACGCUGGUGAAUGAGCUGGAAGCGAAGAUGAAAGCCAGACGCUGGGCUAGGUUUGGUGUAGCGCUGAAGGAUAAACAGAUUCAAGACAUGCUCUUGAAGCUCGAUCGGAGCACAUCACAGCUGCAUUUCGCCUUCAACAUAGUCGAGACCGCCCGCAUGAAGCGCCUCAUGGCCACCUGUCAGCAACAGGCGUCUGAAAUCCGGAAGCAGCUCGUCAUGCUCACAACGACUCUGCAACUGCAGCAAGGAUCAGACCAGAAGAGUGACACAUCAGUAGACCGGCGUCCUACCAAGGAGCGGAAAGCGAACACAUUUCAUCGCAACAAAGUCCGGAUCCAACUACCGCGAUGGUUGUGGCAGGUUGUGUGGGACAUCUCAUGGGAAAGCGCCGCUUGCGGCUGGACGGUGUCUCUGCAGCCUGUCACGAUCAUUCCGGAUGAGCAUGAGGUUUGGUGGAUAUGUAGAAAUGGUGAUCUUGACGGCCUCAUAUACCUGCUCGAAACGCGCAAAAUUGGCUUGAACGUGCAGGAUGAAUAUGGAGACACUCUUUGGAAGGCGAGCAUGCUCCUAACUCAAGUGACUGCCGCUAUUUGGGGGACUGACAGCACGUCUUUGCGAUGGGCCAACACGGAUAUGAGCAGAUUCCUGAUAGACCACGGUGCCUCUGCAGAGGAUCUUACACGGUACCGGAGAUAUUUCGAACUCAUUGAAGAGUUGAACCUUCUCGAUGAGGGUCAAAGCGAAGACGACUAUUGGCAUCUACUCACGUCGUCAUUCAUGAUGUUGCCUUCUGACUGGACGGAAGAGCAGACUCUCACGGUCGCUGCUAGGCUGCGAUUCGACUUCACAGCCGAAGCAUUCCACCUUCUCGGCGGUCACAGUAUAAGCAGCCGGCUCUGGUUUAUCACUGUAUCCGGCAGGCAUGGUCAAACCGAGACACUCAUGAGGUGCAUCGGUGAUUGGUGGGUUCUCCAGAGCGACCCAAAAGGCGGGGGCGAAAUGUUGUCCAGCGUCCUAACACAAGGAGCGCGUGCUGGCGCCGAUAUCAGCCAGCUGACUGCGAACGACGACGGUGUGCUAGUAACGCCGUUUUUCAACAUGAUUUUGAAUAGCCUGAUGGGGGUCCGGGAAGCUGCUCGUGUCAACCAUGACAUACAACAAUGGGUGUCGUGUCUUGCCCAGGGCGGCAUGAGCUUGUGCACUUAUGGAAUUGCAGAGCACGCCCACCGGCAGACCCUUUUGACACAGGGGCACUGGAUUCCAAAAACAUUUGUUGGCCUGGCACAUGGUUCGCGCCCUUCAGACUGGUACUUAUGGGACAAACAUCCGGGAGACGUCUUCGCUGGCCUUUUCUGGGACAUGCUAGACCAUCCCGAACGAGCAAUGCCUGGCGCAUGGGAAGAUACUACCACAAACGAACAUCUCGACUAUGUUGAGUUCUGUGCGACAUUGGAGCUUGACCGUCAAGCAGGGGCCGAAGCAAAGAUUAUACGCAGGUGGAGACGAUUGCUCAAGCGUAAUGAGCAUUAUGCUCUGCCGGCUCUUUGCAACACCGAAAGCUUCAAAAAUCUGGUCGAGGUGAUGGAGUUGAAUGCAAAGGAUUGGAAGUCUGGUAACAUGACCAGCGUCUCGCACGAUUGGCACAAGGAGCUUCUAGAGCGCAUGAGGGAAGCGGGCUUGAACCGGCGCUUCGUGGUAGGCAGAAAAUACUCUAAACGGGAUACCCGACAUCUACUUUGGGCCCGUGGCUGA